AUGGUGGUAUUGUGCGCUUUAGCAUGGCAGACCGAGGUUCGAAUCCUACUUUCGAGGUUUUUUCAUUUUGUUUCCGUACUUUAUGUCUGGCUUUCUGCUUUUGUAGGUAUUGGUAUAUCCUGA